GCCAGGCUCCUGAGCCUCGCCUCCCCUUCUCAGUUCAAAAUGGCGGCGGCUGUGGAAGACACGGGGUCUGACUGGCUGGGGUUCCCCCUGUGCUGUCCCCACUGAGUUUAGGGGGCUGAGGGCAGCGGCGUGGGGCUGGUGGUGAGAUUAAGCCCUUUACUUCUAGUCCUGCUUUAAGUGGACAUGGAGACCAGUUGAGCAUAAUCCUCUUAGUAACAGCACUUGAAGACAUAAUUGAAGACUAUUUUCAGUUGUUUUGGUAAGCAGACAUUUGGACAGAAAAAUGACCUCCAUUAUCAAGUUGACUACGCUCUCAGGGGUGCAGGAGGAAUCUGCUCUCUGCUACCUGCUGCAGGUAGACGAGUUUCGUUUUUUAUUGGACUGUGGCUGGGAUGAGAAUUUUUCAAUGGAUAUCAUUGAUUCUCUAAGGAAAUAUGUACACCAAGUUGAUGCAGUGCUUCUUUCUCACCCUGAUCCUCUACAUCUCGGUGCUCUCCCGUAUGCAGUUGGAAAAAUGGGUUUAAAUUGUGCUAUUUAUGCAACCAUUCCUGUAUAUAAAAUGGGACAAAUGUUUAUGUAUGAUCUCUAUCAGUCUCGCCACAAUACAGAAGAUUUCACGCUCUUUACAUUGGAUGAUGUAGAUGCAGCUUUUGAUAAAAUACAGCAGCUCAAGUUCUCGCAGAUUGUGAACUUGAAAGGGAAAGGGCAUGGUCUUUCUAUUACACCACUGCCGGCUGGUCAUAUGAUAGGAGGCACAAUUUGGAAGAUUGUCAAAGAUGGAGAAGAAGAAAUUGUUUAUGCUGUUGACUUCAACCACAAGAGGGAGAUCCAUUUAAAUGGAUGUUCUCUGGAAAUGUUGAGCAGGCCUUCGCUGCUUAUCACAGAUUCCUUUAAUGCUACUUACGUACAACCCAGACGGAAGCAAAGAGAUGAACAACUGUUAACCAAUGUCUUGGAGACGUUGCGAGGUGAUGGAAAUGUGUUAAUAGCCGUGGAUACAGCAGGCAGAGUUCUGGAACUUGCCCAACUUCUUGAUCAGAUUUGGAGAACAAAAGAUGCAGGAUUAGGAGUCUACUCUUUAGCACUUUUAAAUAAUGUCAGCUACAAUGUAGUGGAGUUUUCUAAAUCACAGGUUGAGUGGAUGAGUGACAAACUGAUGAGGUGUUUUGAAGACAAGAGGAACAAUCCAUUUCAAUUCCGCCAUCUCUCAUUGUGUCAUGGUCUUUCUGACCUGGCUCGAGUGCCUAGCCCAAAAGUCGUGCUUGCCAGCCAGCCUGAUUUGGAAUGUGGGUUUUCAAGAGAUCUCUUUAUACAAUGGUGUCAGGAUUCCAAAAACUCUGUAAUUUUAACUUACAGGACCACACCUGGGACGCUAGCAAGAUUUCUUAUAGAUAACCCUUCUGAAAAAGUUAUAGAUAUAGAGUUGAGGAAACGUGUAAAACUUGAAGGAAAGGAACUUGAGGAGUACCUAGAAAAGGAGAAACUAAAGAAAGAAGCAGCGAAAAAGUUAGAACAGUCCAAAGAGGCAGAUAUUGAUUCCAGUGAUGAGAGUGAUGUUGAAGAGGAUAUUGAUCAGCCAUCAGUGCAUAAAACUAAGCAUGACUUGAUGAUGAAAGGUGAAGGUAGCCGAAAAGGAAGCUUCUUCAAACAGGCCAAGAAGUCUUAUCCAAUGUUUCCAGCCCCAGAAGAAAGAAUUAAAUGGGAUGAAUAUGGGGAGAUUAUCAAGCCUGAGGAUUUCCUAGUUCCAGAGCUUCAAGCAACCGAAGAAGAAAAGAGUAAAUUAGAAUCUGGUCUGACAAAUGGAGAUGAGCCUAUGGACCAAGAUUUAUCAGAUGUUCCUACCAAAUGUAUUUCCGCAACGGAAUCAAUGGAAAUAAAAGCCAGAGUUACAUACAUAGACUAUGAAGGACGCUCAGAUGGUGACUCCAUUAAAAAAAUCAUUAACCAGAUGAAGCCACGACAGUUGAUCAUUGUCCAUGGUCCACCUGAGGCCAGCCAGGACCUUUCAGAGUCUUGCAGAGCUUUUGGUGGGAAAGAUAUUAAAGUUUAUAUGCCUAAACUGCAUGAAACUGUAGAUGCAACCAGUGAGACUCACAUCUAUCAGGUCAGGUUAAAAGAUUCUCUGGUCAGCUCCCUUCAGUUCUGUAAAGCGAAAGAUGCAGAACUGGCUUGGAUAGAUGGCGUCCUGGACAUGCGGGUUUCAAAAGUGGACACAGGAGUCAUUCUGGAAGAAGGAGAGCUGAGGGAAGAUGGAGAAGACUUGGAAAUGCAAGUGGAUAUGCCUUCUUCUGAGUCCAGUGUUAUUGCACAGCAAAAGGCCAUGAAGAGUUUGUUUGAUGAUGAUGAUAAGGAAGUAUGUGAGGAGAGCGAGAUCAUCCCUACUCUAGAACCACUGCCACCACAUGAGGUUAUUGGACAUCAGUCUGUUUUCAUGAAUGAGCCAAGACUGUCUGAUUUUAAACAAGUUCUUCUGCGAGAAGGAAUUCAAGCUGAAUUUGUAGGAGGGGUGCUUGUGUGCAACAACCUAGUGGCUGUUCGUAGGACUGAAACAGGGCGCAUUGGAUUGGAAGGCUGUCUUUGCCAGGACUUCUAUAGAAUAAGAGAUCUUUUAUAUGAGCAGUAUGCCAUUGUCUAAUGGAGAUGCUGUGAAGAUGAUGUCUUUACUUGAACUUUAAAAGACAGUGGAGAUUUCUACCUUUUUAUUUUUGUGGGUAUCUUUUUGUAGUUUUCUAAUUUCUACAGAGAAUACUGAUUGUUCAGAAAAGUUAGACAUCAAAGUCCAGUAAACUAACCUAAACAAGUAAAUAAUUGCUACCACAGUUCUAUAUAAGACAUCCCUUGGGACAUUCCACAUUGCUGGCUUUCAAGCUGUUAAAGAAUAUUGUUGCAAAUACAAUUGGUAUGCUAUAAUUGAGAUUGACAGUUUCCUUUACGAACUUUCUUCCGAGAAGGAUUUUACUGGUCAUAAACAUGCUCUUUGACGUGACAUGGCAUACCAAGUCUCUGCCUAAGAAUGCAAAUAUAUAAAAAGAAUCUGUUUUCCUAUUUUAAAAAUAUCAGAAAAGGUUGUCUUUGGUUUUUGUGGGGAGGUUCUUCUACUGAACAGUAGAAGCUUCAGCAAAAAAAUUUCUAGGCCACUGAAAAUUGGCCAAGUUCUUAAUAGUGACUUUCCUGCAGUGGUUAAUAUGCACCCUUGUGAAUACUGUAACUGCUUCAUGCUACCGAUUGAUACAGUACAUCAUAAGAUAUUCCGAAAUAAAAUCUCAAUUUCCUGGGUCAAAAAGCCAGUCCUAAAAUGUUAUAAGGUUAAAUACAUUUUUAGAAUGUAACGCAUUCUAAAAUACAGAAUGAGUGGAAAAACAAAGGUUGUCUGGCAUAUCUGCUAACCACAUGUUUUUGCAUUUUCUCGCUACUGUAUAUGUAUAUAUGCAUAACUUCUAGUUGUUACAAUCUGUUACGCCAGUUAUACCUAUCUUUUGUGAAUUUUGAUUUUAAUACUUUCAAGAAAAAAAACAAAACACCUGCAUUCUGUUACUUAUAAUAAGUAGUGCACAGUGAGGUGAGUUCAGGAAGGUAUUCUGUCCUUACAUCUGAAUUCUUGACUAUGUGAAUUUAUCUGCUUGGUACCAGGUUUCAUAGUACUUGGUUUUUCCUAUUGCUGGCAGUGGGAUUACAGCCACUGGUACUAAAAUUUGUUAGAUUUUUAGUUGAAUAUGAACAGUCUUGGGUCACUUAACUUCUUACAUUUCUGAACAGAAAACAGUGAUGGAACACAUGCAGAGCACUGGUCUAUUAAUCAGAAAUUACUUUUUUAUUCUCAACCUUUGGUUUUAAUCAGUGUUUGAAAUUAUUCUUCAUUUAUUACAACAACGGUGGCUUAAACUUGAGUUCUGCUUUCAUUUGUUUAUUUUAAAAAAAAGCAAACAAAACUUUUAAUGAAAUAUGGGCAAAAACCAACUCUGUGGGCUGCUGCUGAAGCACAGAUUAGUUUGCUGUUCAUUCUUGACUAUUAGGCAUUGUAUAGCUAUUCUUUUCAUUCUUGACUAUUAGGCAUUGUAUAGCUAUUCUUCAUGUUGCCUAUUUAUACUGUUUAAAAGUUGGAAUAGGAACUUAAAAGAAAACUGGGAUAAGCAUUCAAAAACUUCUGAUACUAGAUGUAAAAAUGUAAUGCAUUCUAAAAUAUGAUUGAGAGGAAAUAUAUGUAUUUUGAUACACA